AUGGGGGCAGGAAUGGCGCAGCUCGAGGGUUACUACUUCUCGGCUGCCCUGAGCUGUACCUUUUUAGUGUCCUGUCUCCUCUUCUCCGCCUUCAGCCGGGCGCUGCGAGAGCCCUACAUGGACGAGAUCUUCCACCUGCCGCAGGCGCAGCGCUACUGUGAGGGCCAUUUCUCCCUCUCGCAGUGGGAUCCCAUGAUUACUACAUUACCCGGCUUAUACCUGCUGUCAGUUGGAGUGGUCAAACCUGCCAGUUGGAUCUUUGGAUGGUCUGAACAUGUUGUGUGCUCCAUUGGAAUGCUCAGAUUUGUUAAUCUUCUCUUCAGUGUAGGCAACUUCUAUUUACUAUAUUUGCUUUUCCGCAAGGUACAACCCAGACACAAGGCUGCCUCAAGUAUCCAGAGAAUCUUGUCAACAUUAACAUUAGCAGUAUUUCCCACACUCUAUUUUUUUAACUUCCUUUAUUAUACAGAAGCAGGAUCCAUGUUUUUUACUCUUUUUGCCUAUUUGAUGUGUCUUUAUGGAAAUCAUAAAACUUCAGCUUUGCUUGGAUUUUGUGGCUUCAUGUUUCGUCAAACUAAUAUCAUCUGGGCUGUCUUCUGCGCAGGAAAUAUCAUUGCACAAAAAUUAACAGAAGCUUGGAAAACUGAGCUACAAAAGAAGAAGGAAGAGAGGCUUCCGCCUAUUAAAGGACCAUUUUCAGAAUUCAGGAAAAUUCUUCAGUUUCUUUUGGCUUAUUCCAUGUCCUUUAAGAACUUGAGUGUGCUUUUCCUUUUGACUUGGCCGUACAUCCUUCUGGUGUUUCUGUUUUGUGUUUUUGUAGUUGUUAAUGGUGGAAUUGUUAUUGGCGAUCGAAGUAGUCAUGAAGCCUGUCUACAUUUUCCUCAACUCUUCUACUUUUUCUCUUUUACUCUCUUUUUUUCCUUUCCUCACCUAUUGUCUCCUGGCAAAAUUAGAGCUUUUCUUUCCUUAGUUUGGAAACGUAGAAUUCAGUUUUUUAUGAUCACCUUAGUCUCUCUGUUUUUAGUUUGGAAAUUCACUUAUGCUCAUAAAUACUUGCUAGCAGAUAACAGACAUUAUACAUUCUAUGUAUGGAAAAGAGUUUUUCAAAGAUAUGAAAUUAUGAAAUACUUGUUAGUUCCAGUAUAUAUAUUUGCUGGUUGGAGUAUAGCUGACUCCUUGAAAUCUAAGUCAAUUUUCUGGAAUUUAAUGUUUUUCAUAUGCUUGUUUACUGUUACAGUACCUCAGAAACUGCUAGAAUUUCGUUAUUUCAUUUUACCUUAUGUUAUUUAUAGGCUUAACAUACCUCUACCACCUAUAUCUAGACUUGUUUGUGAACUAGGCUGCUAUGCAGUUGUUAAUUUCCUAACUUUUUAUGUCUUCCUGAACAAGACUUUUCAGUGGCCAGAUAGUCAGGACAUUCAGAGAUUUAUGUGGUAA